UACCGGCGAUCGUUAGUUAGUGUUGUGGGCGCUCCUGGAGAGACAAGCCAGAUAGCCGAGGUUUGCCUAGGACAGCGUUCUUGAACCUUAAUUGGAUAUAAGCACGGAAAUAAGUUAAGAAAGAAAAGAAAGUAAAGUGCCGUCGGUCAAACCAGCUUUAUUGGCUACAGAGGACGAGGAUGCCAGGUGGGUGCAAGGAGUACACAGAGAGUACGCCCGUCGAGGAAGUUGGAGACAGAUUUGAACAAAUUUUACGCAAGACAGCGAUUCUUUUAAGUCAUCUAAUCGAUCAACCUUUUGCCGAAACCUAAAAUAAGAUCUCUGUAUCAGGCAGAGUCAAAGGGCGUUUUGACAAGGUCGUGCUUGCUUCCAUAAACAAUCGUCUUAUGCGUUAUGUGAAGACUGGUUCGAUGGGUUUUAUCCUGGACAACUGACGAUUUAACUUCCCUGAUUCGCUCGCAGUAGGAAUACAGCAUUCAGGGCUGAUUGGAACAAAUUGAAUUUGAUAUACGACAUAACCUCAUCAGGCAGUGUACAAGGCGGGCAAAACAUUGAAAUGUGAAAAAAGGAACAGUGUUAUUUUGUUGUUUUUUGUUCUCUAUAUGUUUGUGUGAUUUUAAAGAAAGCAAGCCAUGAGAAUAUGUAUGUAAAAGGAAAAGUGUGAUUUUGUUCUCUCUACGUUAUAGAUUUUUCGAUUUCGAGUUUAGAUAUACACAAUUCAAGCAAAAACAGCAAUAUGACAAAAGAAAAGUAUGGCUUUGUUCUCCGUGCAUUAGAUUUUCUGAUUUCCAAUCUUGUUAUCGGCCCUCUCGUUGUGUUAUACUGGAGAGGAACGCUGGAACUUAUGGGCUUAUAUCUGUUACCGGAAUCGUUCAAACUAAGCUGUUGGAUCUCUCUUAUAUUUGGAGUUACCAUAGUAACAGCUGCCAACCUUCUCCAGUUUGUGUUCUCUCGCGCUUCAGUCAGAUCUUCCCGUGUACGAUUUGCUGCUUUCUCUCGACCGUACACCUAUAUUGUAGGUUUGGCGAUCGUAAAUCAUUGGAGAGGUGUCUGGUUCUUACUGGAUGCGUACACCGGAAAUGACUGGAUCAGCGCCAUGGUGUCCUUGAUCGUCGGUUCGGGACUGCUGUUUGCUCUUCGCUCGUUUCGGAAUGUCCUAGCACCCCCUGUCGUCGUCGUUCUGGACAUAUUUCCAGAAACUCAUUUCAUCAUACCAACAAGAUUCAAACAGCAGAAGAGAAAUGUUCUGUUCACCCUGGACGUUCUGUUCAGCGUCGUCGUUAUCGAAUCUCUCAUCAUCGUCACCUGGCGAGGGUUAUGGGAACUUCUCGACCUCUACCUUUUUCCAGAUGACACCCUCAAGAGUGGCUACUACGCAUUCAUCAUCUCCUACGUGCUCGUCCUCCUCAUUCAAAUCGCAGAGAAUCCUCUACAAACCAUCUCCAAGAAGCUGGAACACACCACAAUGACUGGGAAGGUGAUAUUUGAUGACGUCAUAUAUCUUUUGCAGGCCGCUGUGGCCAUAUGUCACAAAAGAGGGCUUUGGCUGAUCCUCAACGUGGUUUUCUUCCCAUCAGAUCAAGAGCUCAGUCUUUGGCUGAAUCACGCAAUAGGAGCUGGAGGGCUUCUACUCAUGUGCACGCUUAAUUCAGCGCUGCCGAAAGGUAUCUUGAUAGACGGUGCUCAGAUGGAUGGGGCGGGAGUUACGAUGUCCAUUUCGUACGCAGCUGUUAUCGUCCAGUGGUUCAGGAAUAGAAAUUCGAAAGAAAAGCAACCAUCCACUGAAAAGGUAGAGAUGGAGCAGGAACAAAUUACGUUUAAUCCAACAGCUGGAGCAGCUGUCUGAUACAGAGGACAACACGAAGAACCAAGUUUAAAGCUGCAGUCCCUGGAAUAGUUUUAUUAUUUAAUUUAUAGAAUAGAUGAUCCAGUUCUGUUUGGUACAUAAAAGGUCCAUCACAUCGCUAUAGUUUCUACAUUAUCUAGGUCAA